AUGACUGAGUAUUUUCCUUCUUUAAACAGAAACAUCUUUUUGGGUGAAACCUUUUCCAGUUAUAUCAGUGUUCACAAUGACAGUCUUCAGCUGUGCCGUGACAUUGCAGUCAAGGCAGAUUUACAAACCAGUUCUCAACGCUUGAUGCUGUCUGGGGUAACCCCGCACCCUACCGCUGAACUAACUCCUGAUGAUAGCAUUGAUGGUGUCAUUCAUCAUGAAGUUAAGGAACUUGGUACUCAUAUUUUGGUGUGCGCUGUCAGUUAUGUCUCUGAAUCAGGGGAAAAAAUGGCCUUCCGUAAAUUCUUCAAAUUUCAGGUGCUGAAACCACUGGAUGUGAAAACCAAAUUUUAUAAUGCUGAAUCAGAUGAAGUGUAUUUGGAGGCCCAGAUCCAGAACAUCACUCCUGGCCCCAUCUUUAUGGAUCACGUCAGUCUGGAGCCCUCAGUCUCUUACACAGUCAAGAAGAUGAAUGACACUGAAGACAAUGAAGGUUCACAUCCAGUGUUUGGCAAAGUAAAUUACCUGAACUCUUUGGACACCCGGCAAUAUCUGUAUUGCCUCACACCAAAACCUGAAGCCUAUGCUGAGAGCAAAGUGCUUAAAGGAGUCACUAAUAUUGGCAAAUUAGACAUCACUUGGCGUACAAAUAUGGGAGAACGAGGUCGCUUGCAAACAAGUCAGCUUCAAAGAGUGGCCCCUGGCUAUGGAGACAUUCGCCUCACAGUGGAAUCCAUUCCAGACACCGUCUCCUUGGAGACGACUUUCACUAUUACAUUCCGUAUUACUAAUUGCUGUGAACGAGUUGUGGAUUUGACUUUGAUUCUUCAGAACAAUAUUUCCUCGGGUGUUCUGUGGUGUGGUCUGUCAGGAAAACAAUUGGGGAAACUUCCCCAGAAUAACAGCAUGGAUCUUCCCUUAACGGUCAUUGCGACAUCACCCGGAUUGCAAACUGUGUCUGGUCUUCGCCUGACUGACAACUUUCUGAAACGUACAUAUGAACACGAUGAGAUUGCACAGGUUUUUGUUUGUGGCUGA